CUCUACAAAAGAAAACCCGGUCCGAGUCGGAAAAGGGGAAUUUCGGUCCAUUCAAAUAAUUUCUUCUUGGCUUCCUCUCCUCUCAUCGUCUCAUCGUCUUCUUCUUCUUCUUCGUCUUCUUCGUCUCCAAAUUCUUUGAUUUUAGUUGUUAAUUUCAUAAAUAUGCCUCAGAGACACUCGAAGAACAAUAACGAUCUAGCCUUCUUCACCUAUGAUGAGAAGCGGAAGCUCGGCUACGGAACCCAGAAAGAGAGACUUGGUAAGGAUUCCAUCAAGCCCUUCGAUGUCUGUUGCUUAUGCUUGAAACCCUUCAUUGACCCCAUGUGCUGUCAAAAGGGUCACACCUUUUGUAAACAGUGCAUUCUUGAGUGCCUUUUGGCUCAGAAGAAGGAUAAUCAGAGGAAGCUUGCUGCAUAUACUGCACAACAAAAGCAAGAGAAGGAAGAAGCAGAAGAGAAAUUAAUGCAGCAAAAAGCUAGAGAACUUGAUGCAUUUGAUCAACAAAACCAUGGUGCUGUACCACAAUACAACGAUCGAAACCAAAAUCGAGAUAAGAAUGGUUUCCAUGGGGCAAAUAGUGUGAAAGUCACGUCUUACGAAGAAGAAGCACUUCGAACCAUGAAAGCAUUUUGGCUGCCUUCAGCUACACCAGAAGCUCCUGUUAAAGCAGGAGCUCCUUCAAGUAGUACAUUCUGUCCAGAAGGUAACGAGAAACUUAAGCUAAAGUCCCUUUUUCCUAUACAUUUCACAGAAGACAACAGUGAGCGAAAGAAAUCAAAAUCUUACGAUGUUACAUACAUAUGCCCUAGUUGUAAGGUUACUCUAACAAACACAAUGUCUCUUGUGGCCUUAAGUACAUGUGGACAUGUCUUUUGUAAGAAGUGUGCUGAUAAGUUUAUGGCAGUGGAUAAAGUUUGUCUUGUCUGCAACAAAGGAUGUAAAGUAAGGGAUUUGGUAAACUUGGAGAAAGGAGGGACAGGGUUUGCUGGCCAUGGGGAUUCACUUGAAGCAAGAGACUUCAAGCAUUUAGGAAGUGGUUCUGGCUUGGGGCUUGUGAGGCCUGCUAUGAAGACUUAAGAUUCAUUUAUUUUAUGAAAUUUAAACCACUUGUCUGAUCUACUUCAUGAUUGUGAUUUUCUUCCACGAUCCCUUUUACCCUUUUUACUUAAAUAAUUAGUAUGUGAUUUUGUAAAAUGGAAAUAUCAGCAAGAAUCUUUCAAAAUGAUAUAUCCAAUGCUCGUAAUCUCUCCUUUAAAAGUCAAUUCAAAUAGAUGAAAUGUAACAGCCCGUAGUGGGUAUAAUACAUUGCUUGCUACAUGAUCGUGUUUACCACGGUCUGUAUAUGGUUGUUUAGAAGGCCAUGUUUAGAGAGUUCUGUUUUCACUAGUUUUUUCUUUUUUUCUUUUCA